AGAGAGGGAUACUGUCUCCUUGGCAACGUCACCAUAGUAACAAAGAAAGGAAACUGCAAGGGAAAUUUUUAUACAAGUUUACAUUUUAGUUUAGAGAAUAUGUCUUUGGUAGAGAUAGUUCAUCACGACGAAGUCAUUUACACGAUUCUAGAUAAACCUCCUCCAGAACCCCCUAAGACACCCAGGUACGAAUCGAAACUAGAGAAAGAAUUAAAAGAAGCCAAGAGACCACAACUGCACCGCACGUUUGGGUACGCAGAAACUCCUUUGCAUCCGCCCGAUAAAUUUCUCAAGAAAGGCAAAGGAAUAGGGCAGCCGAUCAAAGAGUCCGACCACAAAUGUUAUGUAACUGGCAAACUACCGCCCGUGCCGAAGAGACCACCGCCGGGAAAGAGGCCGGAGAAACCGAAGGUUAACUUUCGAGUAGUGAAUAUCAAGAAGGCGAUAAAGACUAAAGGGAAACCUGUGGAGCCAAGACUAGUAGACACAAGGGAUGGCCAUACAAAGAAGAUCAAAGGAUCUGGUGAAGUCCCAGAAUAUUGUCUCAGGCCCGACUUUGGACAGAUGCCGGCGUACCUGGUAAACAGGAAUAGAAAGAUUCAUAAAGCGCUAGAGAAGAUGCGCAUAGCAGAAGAAAACAAGGAGAGUCUGUGCAAGAUGAUUUCAGAGCAGGAGCGGCAGAAACUUCUAGACGACUUGAAGUACAACUGGCAACUGAUGCAGAAAGCGUUCCUUCAACUGCCGAUGCUCACGGACACCAUUCCUAAAAUUCUCAGAAAAACCAAAAUGGAGCAAGAGUUACGACAGCUUGAGAAGGACAUAGCCUUAGUCGAGAGCAACCCUUACAUUUACAUUUAUGAAUAAGCUGAUGCUGAAGCAUUAAUGAAUCUGAUUAAAUUUAAAUUGUGUGUGAAA